AUGAGAAACUUCGUUACCGUUGCAGCUUUCGCUGCCGGUGCCAACGCCCUUGUGGGCAGAGGCAACAGCUGCUGCUUCCAUCUGAAGUCGUCUGGUGGUGCUUCGGGCUCCAUUGGCCAGCUUGAUGAUGGACAGAACCGUGUCUACGGUGAUCUCGACGAGGCUCAGUUCUGCAUCGACUCCAACGGUGCCAUCACCGAUGCCAACGGCCGCGGAUGCAUCGUGACCGGUCCUACUACCCAGUGGCAAUGCGAUGAGGGUGCUACUCCCACGCCUGGCUUCUCUAUUAACUCGGAGGGCCAGCUCUCGUACCAGGGCGACAACGAAUUUGUUGCCUGCAAGACCGGCCAGAACGGUGGAAUGAACAUCUACACCUCCGAGAGCGAAGAUGCCACCGGCUGUGAAGACAUCAAGCUGACCGCUGACUCUUGCUCCGGCUCCGGCGCUGGCGGCUCCGGCUCCAGCUCUGUGCCUGCCCCUUCGUCGACCCCUGUGGUCGGAUCCAGCAGCAUCCCUGUGCCUCCUUACCCGUCGUCGAGCGCCUCCGUGCCCCCGUAUGCCCCCGGUCCAUCGGGUAGCGCUCCUGCUCCUUCCAACGUCCCCGGCACUCCUGGCGUCCCCGGCGCUGGACCUAGCGGCUCUGCGCCCCCCGCGGACCAGACCUCUACGAUCCACACGACGGUGACUGCCACUUACUGCCCGACUAACUCGGCUACCCUGCCCGGCGCCCCUGGUGUUCCUGGCACUCCCGGUGCUCCUGGUGCUCCCGGUGCUCCCGGAACCACUGGCGCCCCCGGUGUUCCUGGCACUCCUGGUGUCCCUGGCACUCCCGGUGCUCCUGGUGCUCCUGGCACCCCUGGCGUCCCCGGCACUCCCGGCGUUCCUGGCGCUCCUGGCACUACUGGCGUUCCCGGUGUCCCUGGUACCCCCGGCGUUCCCGGUGCUCCCGGAACCACUGGCGCCCCCGGCGUCCCCGGUACUCCUGGUGUCCCUGGCACUCCCGGUGCUCCUGGUGCUCCUGGCACCCCUGGUAUCCCUGGUACUCCCGGCGUUCCUGGUACUACUGGCGUUCCCGAAACUCCCACUGGCGCUCAGCCAUCUGAGACUGCGACGGGACCCCAGCCCACCCAGACUGGCGCUCAGCCGUCGGGAACUGGAGCUCAGCCCUCCGGAACUGGCGCUCAACCCUCCGGGACUGGCGCUCAGCCAUCUCAGACCGGCGCUCAACCCUCUGGCACCCAGUCCUCUGGUGGCAGCUGCCCUACGGAUCUCUCCGGCGACUAUGAAUACCCUCACUUGAUCGUCCCUGUCGACUCGUCCUCGCCGGAUGACGCCGCGGGUACCUCGUACAACGGCACUGUCUCUUCGUCCGUCUCCACUAUCUUCAACUUCGACAUCCCCUCGGAAGACUCCGGCAAGACUUGCAGCCUCGUCUUCCUCUUCCCCAAGAAGGAAGACCUCGAGACCUCCUCUUACAGCUUCAGCGGCGACGGCAAGGUUGAUUUCGCCUCCCUCGAGUCGGUUGCCGACGAGUCGACUUCCUACAGCAACGCCCCCGGAGUCAAGGAGGACCUGGGACAGUUCACCAUCUCGCCCGGCAACUCGUACACCGUUUCCACCUUCGAGUGCCCUGCCGGCGAGGCUGUCAGCUACCAGAUGAAGAACUCCGGCAGCACCGAGCUGGACUUCUUCGAGGACUACAACCCCUCUCCUCUUGGUCUGUACAUCACCGUCUGCUAA